AUGGCUAUCACUGCUGAGCACAUCGCUAUUGCAGAGCUGGUUAUAUACAUACCCGUCACUUUACUUGCGAUCUUCGUGGUCUUCCGUCACGGAUUCCACAAGCAGCUGGGAUGGAUCUAUCUCUGUAUCUUUGGUGUUAUCCGCAUUGCGGGUGCCAUCAUGGAAGUCCUUAGCACCAAGAACCCCGAUAAUGACAACGACAAAGAGUGGGCGGUUAUCCUUCAAUCGGUUGGCCUCUCACCUCUCCUUCUAUCGACAUUAGGACUGUUAAAAAGAAUCUUUGACGAGACAACUUGCCAUCUCCCAUCGGAUCCAAACUCGAAAAGAAACCUCAUAGUUCAGGGACUGAGUGUUUUCCCUGGCAUAAUCGGUAGACUUGUAUCCAUCUUCACUAGCAGGGCAACCGCCACAUCUCGUCGCAGCAAAAUCGUCCAACUGCUCCACCUCCCCGCCUUAAUCGCCCUGAUCUUGGCCAUCAGUGGCGGAACCGACGAAGCCUCUUCCAACAUCUCUGAUCACGCAUCAGGAAAAUCCGAAACCCGUGCCGCGAUCAUCCUCUUCCUCCUUAUUUACGUUGCUGCCUGUAUCCUUUUCCUCAUCACUAUGCGCAAUCUGCGGACUAUGGCACCGAGCCAGCAACGGAUUUACAUCUGCAUCUUCUUUGCGUUGCCGUUGAUUGCGGUUCGGUUACUCUACAGCUUGAUCAGUGACUUCGGGAGCGAUCCUAAAUUCUCGUUGGUCGAUGGCGACCCGAGUGUUCAGCUAGGUAUGGCCACCAUUGAGGAAUUCCUUGUUGUUUUGAUGUACACCAUUCUGGGGUUGGUGACUCCUCGGUCUAUUAUUGACCCUGCUGUCGGGGGUGGCAUUAUUCCACCGCAGAGCUAUACAAUGGAAGGAUCAGGACCUUCUGGCGGGCCUUCCGAAUCUGGUAUGGCUUACCAAAAUGUUGCAUAUGCAGAGGCCGGAGCUCAGAGCGCGUACUCUCAGCAGCAUGCACGACGGAAUUGGCACCAAUAA